AUGACCUCAACAUCUGAUAAGACCCAAACGGUCACCGAAUCCAACCUGCCAGAAGCGGAAGUCUAUCAACCGGGUUUCCCAGAGGACGAAGCGCAGCGUACCGAACGCAUUAGGAAAUUGUUUGACGGAUUCGAUUACGAAAAGACCGGUUUCCUGACUCGGAAAAACAUUCAGAGAGGACUCAAGAGGUUGAAGAACCAUCCGGUCCGAGAUAAGUAUGCCUCAGAGCUAUUGGAAAAGUGCGAUACUUCGGCAGAUGGUGUGGUAGACUUUAAAGAAUUCAAAGCCUUCGUGGAAGAAAAAGAGAAAGAAUUGUUGAAGCUGUUUUUACAAAUUGACGGAUCUCGAGACAUGAGACUACAGCCUGAGGAAUUAGAGGUUGCUUUAAAAAAAGCUGGAAUCAAUUGCACGAAGGCUGAUCUAGAAAAAUUUAUAAGAGUCAUGGAUGAGGACGGCAACGGUGUCAUUGAGUUCUCAGAGUGGCGGGAUUUUCUGCUGUUGCUUCCCCGAGACACAACGAUGUUUGAAAUCUACGAGUAUUAUCAAAUGGUCGGUCAGGUUAGCUUUGACGGUGAAGUCACGGUACCACCAACAGAUCCAAAGUACCUUGCUGCUGGUGCAAUCGCAGGUGCUGUCAGUCGAACGGCCACCGCACCACUGGAUCGUCUUAAGGUUUACUUGCAAAUUCAGACGGCAAUUUCAAAGGGUGUCUCUAACACGAACGUAAAAUUGCCUCGAAGUGAAGUCGUGAUGGGUUCAAACAAUUUGACGAAUGCCAUGAGAGAGAUAUAUGCUGGAGGCGUCUUGAACUUUUUUCGUGGGAACGGACUCAAUAUCGCGAAAAUCGCUCCCGAAAGCGCGAUUAAGUUUUUCACUUACGAAAAGUCCAAGGCGAUCAUCGCGCAUAUGAUGGGCGUACAAGACUCUGGCUCUAUAGGAUUGUCGGGAAGAUUCUUGUCAGGAGGAUUUGGCGGUAUUGCAUCCCAAUUUGCCAUAUACCCUCUGGAGACUUUGAAAACGCGUAUCAUGAGCUCGGAUCGGGGCUCAUCAUACUCACCGAAAGGAAAGGUUCUAUGGAAUACUGCAUUGGAAAUGUGGAGAGUACAAGGCUUCCGAUCAUUUUACAAAGGAUUGGUGCCAUCGUUGAUAGGAGUGUUCCCAUACGCGGCUGUGGACAUGAGCAUCUACGAGACACUAAAAUUGGGAUAUCUAAAGCGAGUGAAAAUGCAAUUGAAAGGAGAAGAUCCGAUUGUACCAAAUGCCUUGGUGUCUUUGAGUUGUGGUAUGGUUUCGGGUUCUGUUGGUGCAAUCAUUGUUUACCCACUGUCCCUUGUACGAACGCGGUUGCAAGCACAGGGAACCUCCGGGCAUCCACAAAAAUACUCCGGAGCAUUUGACGUCAUUCGUAAAACUUAUGCAGAGGAUCGGGUGCGUGGUUUCUAUAAGGGACUGGUUCCAGCAAUGACGAAGGUUGUACCGGCUGCGGCCAUCUCCUACGUGGUUUAUGACAAGUGUAAAUCGAUAUUGUCCCUGCAAUGA